CUAAACUUACCUGCACUAUCAGUAGUAGAAGUACUUUUUUUAAUGUUCUGCAAUAUUCCAGACAAGUCAAAAUUUUGUUCUGCAAAUUUGAAACACUUUCUGCAAAUACACAAGCCUCCAUACUACAACCUUCUCAAUUUAAUAAUGCAAAAUUGCAGAUUGUAGAAAUUUUCUUCUGCGUUAUUGUAAAUAUCUCUGCAAAAUGCAGAAUGCAGAUGGGAUUUCUAACACUGAACCAUCAUCACCUGCAACACUCAGAAUUUAGGAGGUACAACAAUGAAAACUGAUCAGAAACUAUUGCCAUCAUUUCUUUCACGCUUCUAAUCAUUCUGACUGGUUUUGAUAUCUCUUUGUUUUGCACAAGAACUCUUGUGUGUUAUGCAGCAUCUGCUUGGAGCUGUUCACUUAGGUGCAGCUUAGUCAGGUUUGAAACCUGAUCUGAGUAAGUGAGACAAUACCAUUCCUAUAGCCACCCAGGUGGAACUGUAACCUUAGUAGGGUACAUGUACAGGCGAGGACAACAACCAUGGCGGCUGCACCGUCCACUUUGGGAGACCAAAUCCGUGAAGAACUGUCCUGCAGCAUCUGCCUGGAGCUGUUCACCAGGCCCAAGGUGCUGCCCUGUCAGCACACCUUCUGUCAGGACUGUCUAAAGGACCUAGCAAGGAAGAAAGCACGUUUCCAGUGCCCAAACUGCCGCCGUAGGGUCAAGAUACCAGCCCAGGGGGUCACAGGUUUGCCAGACAACCAUCUGGUGGGUAGUCUGUGUGACAGAAUUUCCAACCAGCCAGCAGUUUCCACAGAAGAACAGGGGAACAGUGAAGUAGACGUUUCAGAGGAACAGGCUGGAAACAAUUGUGACAAACACCCCUCUGAAAAACUGAGAGUCUACUGUAAACAAUGCCUGGUGCCGGUUUGUGACGAAUGUCUGGAUCAAGACCAUGCAGGCCAUACCACCAUGUCCCUCAAAAAGGCCAUGGAAGAAAGAAGUGCCUCAAUUAAGACCUCAGUAGAUCAGGGCAAGAAUGUGCUUGAGAGCUAUCUCGCUUUCUUGAGAGAUCUUAGAAAUAAGGAGAAAGAAGCCACCGAGAGAAAAGAGGAGACGGUUAACAACAUUACUCAAAAAUUUGAUCAAAAGGUUCAGAAGCUCACAAGGAGUAAGGACAUGCUACUGAAAGAGGUUGAAGAGGACCACAGCCGAGUCUUGGAGACGAUUCAGAAAAGUAGAGACGAAGUUCUUGAGGAGGUAGCUGAGCUGUCAACAGCUUGUGAAAGUGCUGAAGAAGCCAUCGACAGCAGAAAUAGCAAAUGUCUCAUCCAAGAGACCAGCCUGAAACAGAUUGUUAAAAACCAUAUUGGGAAAGACGCGCCAACUCCUGUACAAAUCGACCGCAUUGUUUUUGUUCCCAAUAUUGUAUAUCCUAAGGUUGGAAACUUAACAACUUGGGCAGUAAUGAGAGAUCACCUUUUCUUGUCUGUUGCAUGCCUUCAUGUCGGGUAUAACCUCUAUGGGUAUGAUGGUUUUCUGCGAGGGUGUGUGUUUACAAUUUUCCAUUUUUUGUAUGAUCUGGCCAUAGUAUAGAGCGGCUGUAGGGGAGAAGAUAGGCCAUAAGCUGAACAGUUUUAUAAAUACUCACCUACAGUCUGCAUUUUGCAGACAUUUUCAAUAUUGCAGGAGAAAAAGAAACCUGCAAUUUUACAGACUGAAUUUUACAGGCUUAGGGGUUCAGUGGUUGUGUUUGCUACUGACUCACUAGUAAUUUUCCAUGACAUGUAUUUUUCAAAUUACGAUGUACAUGACAAAAAAUAUGCAAUUUUGGAUAUCUCAUAUCUGCACUAAAAUUACCUGCACCAGACACAUUUUACACCUUAGAAGUUAGGAAGUACAACAAUGAAAACUGAUCAGAAACCUUUGCCAUCAUUUCAGUCACACUUCAUUCUGAGUACUAGUACACUGUUAGCCUUUUGUUACUGGUAUAACAUA